AUAACAACAAAACUUCCUCCGGCGGGGUGCUUUACGGCUUUAAUCGCUCUAUCUCGAACACUGGGAUAUCCAGAACCACUUUCUACAACGGACGAAACCCCUCCCAAACCGCAACAGAUCUCAAGCAUAUCCUGCUUCGCAUCCACCUCACUCAAGCUUAACUCUUUCUUCCCCCCCCCGGGGCAUAACCAACCCUUCACACCUCAAAAGAAAGAAAGGCGCACACACAGUAUCAGGAAUACGAAAAGAAAAAAACAAAAAUGUCCUCUAACGUCGGCCUCUCCACUCCGCGCGGAAGUGGCACAUCCGGGUACGUCCAACGCAACUGGGCGUUCAUGAAACCGCGAAACACAGGGUACGGCGCCCCCUACCCGCCUGUAUCCUCGGGGUUGUCUGCCUCCUCCUCUGGCGCGGGAGACCGCGCAUUCAAGCAGCGGGUACCGGAUCAGCAGAUUCUAGAACACGAUCGGCGGCGCGCGAUCGAGGUGAAGGUGAUGGAGGAGCGGGAGAGGAUGGAGGAGGAGAACGAGAGGAUUGAAGAGGCGCGGGGGUCCGGGGGCCCGGACGGAAAGGAGACGCCGAACGCGCUGUCUGAGGAGGAGAUUGAAGAGAGGUGUGAGGCGUUGAGGGCGAAGUUGCUUAAGGAGCUUGAUGAGGAGGAGGAGGAGAGGGAGGAGAGGGAGGAGCAUCUGCGCAAGGAGCAGGGAGGUGGUGCGGGUGAAGAGAGGAAGGGGAGAGAUUGGGAUAGACGCGCGGAGAGAAGGAGGUUUCCGGGUGGCGGUCGGGAUUUACCGCCGAAGGAGAGAAGACAGUUUAAAUCGUACCAGGUGCACGAGCUUGCGGAGGCGAAGAUCGAGGAGAGUGAGCGGUUGCGGAGGGCGUUGGGGAUCCGCGAGGAUAAAGAGACUGGGGAGAUUUCUAGUACGAGGGGGCAGUAUGGUGGGAGGAGACGCGAGAGGGAGGCAGAGAGGGAAAGGGAGAAAGGGGAUCGAUAGUUCUACCCUGCCUACUUUGUUGUUUCUCUUUCUUCUUGCUUUUCUUCUGCUCGUUUUGGCGUUGGGGAGAGUUAAAAACUCUGAAUGGGAAUGGACCAUCAUCUUUCUACUUUUUAUCUACAUAGGCAAGAAAUGUUGAAAUCAUAUGAACAUGUAUGUACUGUAUGUACUGUACGUACAUUCGUGGUACUACCAUUUGGACAUUGGUUGUAUGUACAAAAUCUA